AUGUCUGCUAACGAAUUCUACUCAUCGGGCCAACAAGGCGAAUAUCAACAGCCUCAACAACAAGGACAACAGCAACAGGUUGGCGCAGACGGCGACAGGGGCCUUCUCUCGACUGUUGUGGGGGGCGCUGCUGGAGCGUAUGGAGGAUCCAAGCUAGGUGGCUCGCACUCUAAACUGGGAGGCAUUGCCGGUGGCUUGCUCGGAGCAUUUGCAGCCAACAAGAUCGAGGACAAGGUUGAGCAGAAAUGGGAGCACCAGCAGGGUGGCUAUGGGGGGCACCACCACGGGGGUCCAGGCGGUCCAGGGGGCUACGGUGAGCAAAGAGGUGGCUUUGGCGGGCCCCAGGGACCUCCCCACGGAGGCCCGCACGGAGGUUUCCAGGGCGGUUUCCAGGGCGGUUUUGGAGGUCCUCCGGGCGGUCCCCAGGGAGGCUUUAAUGGCCCACCUGGCGGUUAUGGUGGCCCACAGGGCGGUUUCGGGGGUCCCCAAGGAGGCUUUGGAGGGCCAGGCCGCCAGGGUGGAUGGUAA